AGAUGGGGGCGGAGAUGUUCGGUCACAUGACUCGAGCUAGACUAUUUUAUCACGCCCGGUCCAACCGAAUCUCAAAUCUUAGUUCCACUAGGUCCUCGGUCUCUGAUCAUCCGAUUCACCUUGCAGUCCCAUAUAGCUUUUAUAAGGGAGGCUGUGAACGGAUACUUUUUAGUGCAGCAAAAUAUCCAUCUUUUUUCAACCUAAUUAGCAACGAUGAAGACACUUAUUCGCAACGAUGCAGUUAUCAGGCAAAUGCUGCAGGAGAAGGAGAAUGAACAACCCUUCUAUGUAGUCGAUGUUGGAGAUGUGGUCAUGAAAUGGAAAGAAUGGAAAGAGGCUAUGCCUCGUGUGGAGCCAUUUUAUGCUGUAAAAUGCAACCCUGAUGUAGUCGUUGUGAAUGUCUUAGCUGCUUUGGGAGUCAGCUUUGACUGCUCUUCACAAAAAGAAAUAGAGACCGUGCUUAAUGCUGGAGUGCAACCAUCUCGCAUAAUUUAUGCUAACACUUGCAAAGGACCUUUUCAUCUGAAAUAUGCUGAACAAACAGGAGUAGACCUUAUGACCUUCGACAAUGAAACCGAAUUGCACAAGAUCAAGAAAGUCUAUCCUGAUGCUAAACUUGUUCUCCGCAUAAAAGUAGAUGAUAGUGGUUCGAUACUGAAGCUGUCGUUGAAAUUCGGUGCUGAAUACGAUGAAGUCGCUCAUCUUUUGGAUGUAGCGAAGGAUUUGGAUCUUCAAGUUGUUGGCGUAAGUUUUCAUGUGGGAUGCAACUGCCAGGACCCAUUAGCUUUCCAUAAAGCUAUCGAGCGAGCUAAGGAAGUAUUCGGCAUGGGAAAAGAUCGUGGAUUCACCAUGAACGUCUUAGAUAUUGGUGGUGGAUUUCCCGGUCACAGAGACCAUGCGAUAUCGUUUGUAGAGUUUGCAAAUGCUAUCAAUCAUGCAUUGGAUUGCUAUUUUCCACCUGGCUGCGGGGUUAAAAUCCUUGCCGAACCUGGAAGAUACUUCAUAACAUCUGCUUUUACUUUGCUUACCAGUGUUAUUGGCAAGAAAGAAGUUCCCGCAAGGAACAGCAAUAACGCUUGCACUAUGUAUACUAUCAACGAAGGCGUCUAUGCUGCAUUCAAUAACUUGAUCUACCAUAAUACCAAAUGGAUACCAACACCUUUAGUGGAUUCAGCUGAUUCGAAGCUGAAAGUGACUACUAUUUGGGGACCAACUUGUGACAGUGUAGAUCAAGUGAUUAAAAAUGCCUUGCUGCCAGAUAUGAAUGUUGGUGAUUGGAUCGCAUUUGAAAAUAUUGGAUCAUACACCAUGGCUUGUGGUUCUAACUUCAAUGGCUUCCCAACGACUGAUGUCAAAUACUUGAUAUCAGCUCCAUUCUUGGAUUUCUUCCAGCAACUUCCAACAUGGCCGAAUUUGCAGAAGAUAAUAGCCAAUGGAGUCACAAAAAUCUGAAGAACCAGUCUUUGGAAAACAUUUAUUUCAUUUAAAUAUAUGUUAAUUAAAAGACUGGUUGCAUUGAA